AUGUCUGCUGCUCUCAAGUCGCUGUUCAAGACGCCGGCCGCCGCUCGCCUGGCCUCGCGUAGCCCGCGUGCCCUGUUUGGCUCCAUCCGUUAUAACACCACCGUUGCCGGUGAGCAGAUCACUGUCCGUGAGGCCCUGAACGCGGCUAUCGACGAGGAGAUGGAGCGUGACGAGAAGGUCUGGCUCCUCGGCGAGGAGGUCGCGCAGUACAACGGUGCUUACAAGGUAACCGCGUUAUUCGACACCCCCAUUACCGAGAUGGGCUUUGCUGGUAUUGCCGUCGGUGCUGCCUUCCACGGCACCAAGCCCAUUUGCGAGUUCAUGACCUUCAACUUUGCCAUGCAGGCCAUUGAUCAGGUCGUCAACUCGGGCGCUAAGACCUACUACAUGUCGGGUGGCUCCACCAGCUGCCCCAUUGUGUUCCGCGGUCCCAACGGUGCCGCCGCCGGUGUCGGUGCCCAGCACUCGCAGGACUACGCCUCGUGGUACGGCCAGAUCCCCGGUCUCAAGGUUGUCAGCCCGUACGACGCCGAGGACGCCAAGGGUCUGAUGAAGGCUGCGAUCCGCGACCCGAACCCCGUCAUUGUGCUCGAGAACGAGCUCAUGUACGGUACCAGCUUCCCGGCCACCGCCGAGAUGGCCAGCAAGGACUUUGUCAUCCCGCUCGGCAAGGCCAAGACCAUGCGUGAGGGCACUGACCUCACCAUCGUCACCUACUCGCGCCCGGUUGCCUUCGCCAUGGAGGCUGCCGAGCUCCUGGCCAAGGAGGGCAUCAACGUCGAGGUCCUCAACCUGCGCUCGAUCCGUCCUCUGGACCUCGACGCCAUUAUCAAGUCGGUCAAGAAGACCAACCACCUCAUGACCGUCGAGCAGGGCUUCCCGCAAUUCGGCGUCGGCUCUGAGGUGUCGGCCCAGAUCAUGGAGUCGGAGGCCUUUGACUACUUGGACGCCCCGGUCUGCCGUGUCACCGGUGCCGAUGUCCCGAUGCCCUAUGCCCAGAACCUCGAGAGCCUUGCCCUGCCCGACACCGAGGUCAUCUACAAGCAGGUCAAGCGGGUCCUCAACAUCGAGUAA